CAGUGGAUUUUUUUGUUACGGUUGUAAACACUGUUAAACGUCAAUGUCAAAAUGACAUUCACAAAUUCCAUUAUUUUGUAAUUUGUUUUUGUACAAAAAGCGACCAAAAUUUUGCAAAAUGGCGUUUAAAAUGUCAUAUAGUUUUGAAGGCAACUACAGGACAAAGCCUGAGCAAAAUUUGUCAGGCGCUAGUAAAAAAAUUUCGAGGGAUGUUUUGCUACAAAAAACCCACGAAGAGAGACGUAAACGACAGGAGCAACGUCUGAAGUUACAAAGUGCUCAACUUUUGCAGUCACACAUUAGGAGUUAUUUAGUGCGCAAACAUAAAAAGGAGGAGGAAAGGGCGUACUAUGAUAACAAUUUUGAAAAUAUCCCGAUACAGGUGUUGUUGUCCAAACUUCUGUUCUUUUAUGACCCGGUUAAGGACAACAUGCGGCUGUACCAAAUAUCCGAACGAUUGUUGCAACAAAAUGUGCAAAUCAAUCAAGCGCUUGGCUCAGAUACGGCCCUUUCGUGGCUCAUCAAAUGGUGGCUGGUUUUGUGUCUCAAAAGCUCGUAUCACCCUGAUAUGACAAAGCUCAUGUUAAAUUGCCUUGACGCGUUCGUUUGCAACACACCGACAAUUGAAUAUCUCACACGCAAAGGUUACUACGUGUACCUGCGUACUCUCCUGGAUAAUGACGCUAAAGAGUUACUUCAACAAAUCCUAAGUCUGAUAUAUCGCCCCUUCCAAUCGCUACGAAUCACCCAGAGUUCGCAGGACAUCAUUUUGUCCGAAUUCUGCAGCAAUUUCCUCAAACCCACCUUCACAAACAACGUAAAGACUGUCCUUAUACCGUAUUUAAAAAACAAACGCGAUUUUCCAUACGAAAAAAUCAUAAGGUACUUGAAUAGUGGCUACCACUUCCAAAUCAGCAAUAGUUUGUUUUACUGCAUUUUGGCGCUUGAACCCGACGAUUACGAACCCACAAGUGAUAGUAUUCAAGUCUUGUCCACACUUAGCGUGGACAUCCACCAGUUGAAACCCCCGGUGUAUUUAAUAAGCGACGAUAGUGACGAUGAGAGCGAAGUCCAGGUCUCGGAAGAAGAAUUACUCCUCUCUGACUAUUUACAUAUCAUGAAUAAGCCGGAACGGGUCCGGAAAUGGUUGCACUUUUUCGAACAAAAUAGCAAUAAUGAAGAUGUGCUAAUGUCGCUGACGAAGUUUUGCCACAAUCUCCUACUUGUGUACAAGGAUUCGAUUAGGAAAUUUUUAUUGUUGUACAAAUUGGGGUUGAACGGCAAUUUCCUCAACAAAUUAUGGAAUAUGUUGAACCGGAAGAGGUCGCUAGAGGGCGAACUCCGGGGGUCUUGCCUCCUGUCGUGGAAAGAGUGUCACACGACCCUCUCGGUAUUUUGCGACACUUUUACUUUCUACACGGAAACCUUAACCGAUCGGGAAAAUUCCGAUACUAGUGAGACUUUCACGCAAAAUGAUCUCUACUCAAUGUCGAAGUUACUGAAAAACGUUGCGGUGGAUUUAGUCGAAUUGGCGUUUCCGAUGUGCAGGUCAAGCACGAUUCCAGCGACUCCGGAAAUUCUGCAUCUGUACAGUUCGUGUCUGAACUGUGUUAAAAUGUUGUACAUGUUGGAUAUUCGCAAACAGUUUUGUCCGCAUGGGUUCUGGACGGCGAAAAAAAUCCACAUUUCGCAGGAUUUGUCACGAAGGAAUUAUUUGUCGAAGACGAUCAGGCCGUUCCAUGGCUUGGUGUGUGAUAUGGACGAUGAGGAACACUUGCCCCCAUUGUCAACCAUCGAGCAACGUUCCUUGGCAGUUUUGCAGGAGUUGCCGUUUUUGAUCGGGUUUAAUACAAGGGUUUUGCUUUUGAGGGAUUGGUGCAGGAACAGUUUGGGCGAAAAUGAUUACCAGCGCCUUCAUAAUGAAUUUCUCAAUGAUAAUCUCGUGGUGAUAAGGCGGACGCAUUUGUACGAAGAUGCGUUUGAAAAAUUGUCAGUUAAGAAUGAAUCCGAUCUGAGGCACAAGGUGCGAAUUCAGUUUAUAAACAGUGUGGGUUUGGAGGAAGCUGGGAUUGACGGUGGUGGGAUUUUUAAGGAGUUUAUUAAUGAAGUUCUGAAAACUGCAUUUGACCCCAACCGGGGAUUUUUCCUCUUAACGGCUGACAACACACUGUAUCCAAACCCAAAUGUCCACUUGAUUGUGGAAAAUUUCAUGGAACACUACUAUUUCAUCGGCCGAUUAGUCGGAAAAGCAAUUUUCGAAAACAUACUAGUGGAUCUACCUUUAGCCGAAUUUUUCCUAGCCAAAUUAUUAGUAGACCGAGCCAGUGCUCACUACUUAAAAUCACUGGACCCGGUCCUCUAUCGAAAUCUCUUGUAUUUGAGGGAUUACCCGGGCGAUGUGAGCGACCUAGGAUUGGAUUUUACGACAGUUAAUAACGACUUGGGCGAGACUAGAGUCGUUGAGCUUAAACCUCACGGGAGCAACAUCCAGGUAACAAACGAGAAUCGACUCGAGUACAUUCAACGAUUGGCGGAUUUGAAAUUAAACGUUCAAUUGAAAAAACAAUGUAUGGCAUUUCGGGAGGGUCUUGACAGUGUCGUGCCCUUGCUGUGGUUAAAACUCUUCAACCAUAACGAGCUGCAAGUCAUCAUAGGGGGCGAUACGCAGGAAAUUGAUUUGAGUGACUUGAAAGCUCACACUGUAUAUGGAGGCGAAUUUACGGCCGAUCACCCCACUGUGAAUCUGUUCUGGAAAAUUUUAAACACGUUCACCGACACUCAGAAAAAAAUGUUGCUCAAGUUUGUAACGAGUUGUUCAAGGCCGCCACUGCUGGGCUUUAAAGAACUUAAUCCCCAGUUUUGCAUUCAAUCGUCAGGGAGUGAGGAUCGGAUGCCGACCGCAAGCACGUGCUUGAAUUUACUCAAAAUACCAAUCAUUAAGGAGGAAGAAGUUUUAAGAAAUAAACUGCUGCAAGCGAUUGAACAACAGGCUGGUUUUGAGUUAUCGUAAUUGUAUAUUUUUGUUUUGUUACAUUUUUUGAUUAAUAAAUUACUUUACAUAA